AUGGCUGCUUUAACAGUUGUGAAGAGGAAAGGGAAGAAAAGUAUGGAGCAAACCCAGAAGAAAGAAGAGAAGAUCAAGAAAGAUCAUGAAAGUGAAAGCAGAGCUACUAAGCGGUACGAUUUAGUGUCUUUUUGGGAGCUACCAGAGUACUUGAAGGAUAAUGAGUUCAUUUUGAGUUAUUAUAGAGCAGAUUGGCCUCUCAAGGAAGCUCUCUUUAGCAUUUUUCGUUGGCACAAUGAAACUCUUAAUGUUUGGACGCAUCUACUUGGUUUCUUGUUGUUUGUGGGGUUGACCAUGGCGAAUUUAAUGCAUGUUCCUCAGGUUGUGGAUCUACUUGGAUUGUUUACCAGGUCGAUUCUUACUAGUGCACAAAGAAAUAUUUCUUAUGAUUCAAAGGAUUUCUAUUGGGGGACAACAAAACUGCUUGAUUUCGAGCACAUAUCACCUAUGGAAAUGGAUGUUUGGUCGGCAACCCGGUGGCCAUUCUACGUGUUCCUAUGUGGUUCUAUGUUCUGCCUCCUCUCUAGCAGCGUUUGCCACCUCUUUUCUUGCCAUUCACACCACUUGAACAUUCUGUUGUUGCGAAUGGACUACGUUGGCAUCACCACGAUGAUCAUCACCUCAUUUUUUCCUCCAAUCUAUUAUAUCUUCCAAUGUGAACCACAUUGGCAAUUUAUCUACCUUGGUGGUAUCUCUGUGCUGGGAAUGUUCACUAUAGUAACACUGCUUUCUCCAUUACUAUCGACCCCAAAAUUUCGUGCUUUUCGAGCCUCCCUCUUCGCUUUCAUGGCGCUCUUUGGCCUUGUCCCAGCAGCCCAUGCUGUAGUUGUCAAUUGGAGCAAUCCCAUGCGCGACACCAUUGUAGCUUAUGAGGCUGCCAUGGCUAUAUUUUACUUGACCGGAACUGGGUUUUACGUCAGCAGGUUUCCGGAGAGAUUGAGCCCCGGAUUGUUCGACCUAACUGGACACAGUCAUCAAAUUUUUCAUAUUUUUGUGAUAUUGGGAGCACUGGCUCAUUAUGGUGCCACGCUUUUAUUCUUGGAGUAUCGUGAUCAUGUGGGAUGUGAAAAAAGGAGUAGCUUGGAGAGAGUAGAAGAAGGUUUAGCUAAGGCUCGUGAAGCCAUUCAAGAAGCUAUUCGUUCAAAGAACUACACAUCACGGAAAAAAGAGACUUUCAUUCCCAAAGGAUCAAUAUACUGGAAUUCCUAUGCUUUUCAUCAGAGCCAUAUACAGAUGGUGAAGAGAUUCAACGUGUGGCCCUACAAGGAAGGAGAGAGGCCCUUGGUCCAUGACGGCCCAUUAACCCAUGUCUACUCCAUCGAGGGCCAUUUUAUCAACGAGAUCGAAAGCAAGAAGAGCCCAUUGAGGGCCCAACAUCCAGAUGAGGCCCAUAUAUUCUUCCUCCCCAUCAGUAUAUCUUCCACUGUUCACUUCAUCUACUUGCCAAUCACGACAAUGGCAGAUUAUUCUCGCGAUCGUCUCCGGCGGGUCGUGACGGAUUACGUUCAUAUCGUAGCGAAUAAGUAUCCUUACUGGAACAGAAGUAAUGGUGCUGACCAUUUUAUGGUUUCAUGUCAUGAUUGGGCACCAGAUGUAUCUAUUGCCAACUCUAAGCUCUUCAAGAACUUGGUUAGAGUUCUGUGUAAUGCCAAUAUUUCUGAAGGGUUUCGGCCCACAAGAGACGUCCCUUUACCAGAGAUUCACAUACCCUUCAAAGGCCUUCGUCCAGCUUAUCUAGGGCAGGCUCCAAACAACCGCCCAAUUCUAGCCUUCUUUGAGGGCAGGGCUCAUGGGUAUAUCAGGGAAGUCUUAUUCAAGCAUUGGAAGGACAAAGAUGAUGAGGUUCAAGUCCAUGAGAGGCUUCCCAAGGCCCAAAACUACACAAAACUAAUGGGCCAAAGCAAGUUUUGCUUGUGCCCUAGUGGAUAUGAAGUGGCAAGCCCAAGAUUGGUUGAAGCAAUUUAUCAAGGAUGCGUGCCAGUGAUAAUUUCUAAUGGCUAUUCAUUACCCUUUAGAGAUGUCCUUAACUGGAGCCAAUUUUCAGUACAAAUACCAGUUGAGAAGAUACCUGAAAUUAAGAUGAUCUUGCAAAGAAUUUCUGAUAACAAGUACUUGAAAAUGCAUAAAAGAGUCAAGAGAGUUCAGAGGCAUUUUUAG